CAUGACUCCAUUGCUUUUAUGUGAGCGAGAUUUACUUUUCGCUUCAUUCGCAUCCGUUUUUUGUCAACGUCACGCAGUUUGAGUAUAUGGUCGCUGGGAAGCGCUGUAUUUAGUUGCCUCGCCUGUUGUCCGAGCUGCAUUCCGGGUCAACUAGAUCGAGCGUUUAAGGAAGGAUAGUAGAAUCAUUUCACAAUGGCGGGAUGUGUGACACUAUCAGACGAAGAUCAGCAAAAGAUCAAAUGCUACAGGGAUGUAUUCAAUCAGUUCGACACGGACGGGAGUGGUUGGCUCGACAGGAAUGAAAUCGCCCGACUAUUGGCAAUGAAACCAUCCGACCCUGACAAGCCAACACCCUCCGCUGAUCAAGUCUUUGCCUUGGCUGAUGAGAACUCCGAUAAUAGAAUUUCCAAGGAAGAAUUCCUCAGCGCUCUAGCGGGAGUUACCAAGCAGGACCAAUAUGCCUACAUGUUCCGAUCAUUCGACUUGGACCAUGAUGGGAAGAUCACUGCCCACGAGCUCCUGAAGGCGAUGAAACAGAAGGAAACUAAGGAAACCCUCCAGUCGGCAAAAAAAUUGAUCGCCCAACUGGACGUGAACGGCGAUGGAAAACUUGACCCUGAGGAAUUCGCUAAGAAGAUUGGCCAUAUGUUCGCUGGCAAAUAAACAACUGUCUCACCUCUGAGGCUCUAUGGCUUACUGCGCUACGUGCUUUGGCACACAAAAAUAUCACAGCCAUUAGGAUAAAAAAAUGUUGUCUCUCUAAUGGUUUGCUUCACUCGUUGAUGGGGUCAUGGGAAAAGCAAGAAAAUAGGCAAAGAGUGGCCAAAUUCAUGUAAACAUUGUAUGGAUCUAUCAUGUAAUCACUUUGAUGAACUAGUGUGAAUAUAAGACUUCUGACAUUAACCUUUUAAUAGAUAACCAGGAAAAACUGUAUCACUAGAUCAAUUUUAUUUUCAUAAUAAAUAAACCUCUUCAUCUAAUCCACAAUCAAAAUAAACAAAAUGAACAAACCUCAUUUUCAAAUUCCUUUGAUCUCCAUCAACAACGUACAUAAGUGCCACUUUCCGAGGAUGGAAAAUUGACCCUUUCCAUACAGGAUUUGUCAACUAACGUUUAUUUCGUGUGUCACUUGAAUAUUUUGACAUUUGUUCUUCUGUACAGUUGAUUUACUCAAAUAAAAGAAAUAGUUCAUCUGACACAAAUCAUUGUA